GGCUGGAGAAGCACAGAGCAGCCUGGCAAUGGAAAGGACUGUGAGAUUCUUGCUGCUGGUCUCUGCCCUCUGCCUGUCUGGCUGUGAAGGCAACAAGAGGGAGCUGGUGAGCCCCAGGCGAGGGGCUGCCCUCCGUCUCAAGAGGAGCCUGAAUGCCUGCCUGCCAAACCCAUGCCAGCACCAGGGGCACUGCCAGCUGAUGGAGGACAGACCCAUUUGCAGCUGCAGACCGGGCUUCACAGGGGCAUUCUGCCAAGAUGUGGUACUGAAGUUGUCCUGUGAGGAAGAGCACAUGAAGAUGAUGGUGAGGAAGGAGGCAUUUGAACUUCUGAAGAUCCCCCAGCAACUUGUCCACUUGAGGAACCAGGCAUGCAAGGUUUCAGAAAGGGAAGAAGAGGGUGAGCUGUUUUUUGCAGCCACUCUCACAGGUGAAAACCACACUGCUUGUGGAUCAAUAAUUCAGCAAAACAGCUCCCAUGUGUCAUACUCCAACAUCAUGGAGUCAGAGUGGGAAGCUCAUGGGGCAGUGAUCUCCCGGAGUUUUCAGCUUGAGGUGCAUUUCUCCUGUGUCUAUGCCUACAAGCAGGUGGUGAGGCUGCCCUUCACUCUCACUGCUGUUGACAAGCUGGUGCAGUUUGUGGUCAGAGAAGGACACUUCAACGUUAGCAUGAGACUGUACAAGACCCCCUCCUACCUCCAGCCCUAUCACCUGCCAGCUGUGGCUGUCCCUGUCACAGGCACACUCUAUGUUCUGCUGAAGAUAGAAGGACAGCACCAACUCAAGUACUUCCUGCUGAGUGUUGAGGACUGCUGGGCCACACCGAGCACAGAUCCCUACCAGGACUUGCAGCACAAGCUUAUUGAGAAGGGGUGUCCCCAUGAUGAGACAGUGACAUACCUGAACAUCUUUGGAGAGAAAACUACCGCCAAGUUCAGCUUCCAGAUGUUCCAGUUUGUCGGUUAUCCUGAGGUGUUCCUGCACUGCCGUGUUCAGCUCUGUCUCCCCAAUGGCCCGGAGCCCUGUGCCAAGCAGUGCCACAGGCACCGGUGGAGCAAGCGGGCACUGGCCAAUGACUACAGUAAGAUUGUCUCCUAUGGGCCCAUUCACCUGCUGGCUGCUCCUUCCUUGGGAGCAGAGACCCACCAUUCCCAGACUGACCAACAUGACCUGGGGGGACCUAACCUGUGGCUCCCUGGGGCCCUCCUCCUGCUGUGUGCUCUCAGUUUGCUCACUGUGGCUCUGGUGGCUGUUGGCGUGAGGCGUUGGGCAGAGUAGAAAGCAGAUGUUUCCAAAUAAAUGUGGCAGCAGCAAAGAG